GAAAGGUGCUCGUAUUGUGUGGCAGUUUACAGGCCCGUUAAAUGACUGUGCGUUGAUCGGAGGAACUCUGCGCGUAUAUCCCGUAGGUGUGAGAGCCAGAAGGAGGGAGAGUGAGCGUGGCGCGAGCCUCGACCUUGGCUCCAGCACCACUCCUCCAACCCUGCCUCAGCUCCAUCCCCUCCUCCCCUCUCAUCUCCCGCUCUCCUUCCCUCCCCCGCACUAAAGGGAACAACUGCCGCUGCGAGCUAUCCUCACCACUGUCAGUCUGGCGCUCUUUCCUCGUCGACGCUGGCAGCAGCUACGUCAGGCACCAACUAAUGCAGGAAAUAAUUGUGAAACUGCCCUGAACAGAAAGUGGCACCCCAGUCGUAGAUAAGUGCAUCAUUAGUGUCGAUGGAGUUCAAGGCCAACCGAGAACUUGUUGAAAUUGGACUACACGGUACACUCGACACUAGUUGGCAGUCACUUUCCACAGCAGUGUCAGUGAGAGGGAGGGAGCGACCAUGUCGGUGCAGCUCUCCCGUGUAAGGUGUGCCGGGAUGUGGUAGACUUGAGGAUGAACUUGCGUGACCGAGCAAGCCGUAGUCAGAGAAGAAGCCCUGUUAGCAGCAAUAGCAGCAACAGUGGUGGUGGUGGGGGUGGUGGCAGCAGCAGUGGCAGUGGAGGAGGAGGUAGCAGCCACUUCCGAACUCACCACUGUCGCUCGCCCUUCUCACUUGCCUCCUCAUGUUCUGUCACCUCCACUGGGGGUCUGAAGUCACCAGUGAAGGCCUCAAGAGGUCAAAGGCAAAGUAAAAGAUCUAACAGUGCCUUUGAGGAACAGAAUGAAAAUCUGUUGUCACCAGCACAGUACAACAGUGUGGUGAAUGCCUCUCUCUCUCAUUGCCACACUUCAUAUCUUCGUGCAUCUCGAUAUGCUAACAAGUUCUCCAACUGCAAGUCCAGCCAUCAAGCACCAGUAAUAGACUCUGAUAACAAUAUCAUUGGGUCUAAAUUGCUCAAGCCACGUCCCUUGAGAAUCAGCAGGCGCCAGAACCAGCCUCCACCAAAUUACAAGUGUCAUCCACCUCGAAAGCCACACAGCAAGCGCCACCACAUUGCUAAUGGAAGUCAGGCAUCAAAGCAGGUUCUGAAGGAAGUUCACGAAAUGAAGACGGCAGCCAUGGACACCUCUCUCUUCUCUCCUGUGUAUGCAGUAGACUCCACUCCUUCAUCGCUUCCUUCACCUCUCACAAGCCCAUCUAUGGGACGGACCUUCUCAAGGGAGAAUAUUGAUGAUCAUUGCUUAGAGAAGGAGCCAGAGGAAUUAGAUGUUGAAGACUAUGAAGAUGACCAGGAAAGUUGUAUCCAAGGGAGACUGCAUCCUGAUGACAGUUCAGGCAGUCCAGGUCUUACUCAGCUUUCUACUCGUAUUCAGCUUGACAUUCCAAGUAUCCUUGACUCACCAGCAUCAGAUUCAUCACAAGGGUUAGAGCCUGAGGAAGCAAUGAUGAUUGCUCAGGUAUCUCACUGCACUGUCCAAGAAAAUAAAGAAAACUAUGAGGCUGGUGGAGCUUAUGAGAGUUCAUGUGAUGAGGGGUAUGAGGAAUGGGAGGCCUUUGAUCCCUACUUCUUUAUUAAACACUUGCCACCACUCACACCAGAGAUGAGGGCAAGAAACCCUGCUCUACCCCUCAAGACUCGUAGCUCUCCAGAAUUCACUCUGGUUUUAGAUUUGGAUGAAACUCUUGUCCACUGCAGUCUACAGGAGUUGGAGGAUGCUACUCUGAGCUUCCCUGUGGUGUUUCAGGAUGUUAACUACCAAGUAUUUGUCCGCACUCGCCCAUUUUUCAAGGAAUUCUUGGAACAUGUGUCCAACCUAUAUGAGGUGAUUCUCUUCACAGCCAGCAAGAAAGUCUAUGCUGACAAACUAAUGAAUCUACUUGAUCCUCAGCGGAAAUGGAUCAAGUACAGAUUGUUUCGUGAACACUGUGUAUGUGUGCAGGGCAACUAUGUAAAGGAUCUAACAAUACUGGGGAGAGAUCUUUCCAAGACAAUUAUUGUGGACAACUCUCCUCAAGCAUUUGGUUACCAGAUAAACAAUGGAAUACCUAUUGAGAGCUGGUUUGUUGACAAAGAGGACAGGGAACUAGAAAAACUUUUGCCUUUCCUUGAAUCACUUGUUGACAAGGAUGAUGUACGGCCAUUCAUUCGGGAAAAGUACAAAUUGGAAACUUACUUGCCCCCAGACUAAACUCUGGUCAUGGUAUGACGUUAUGACCUGCAGUGGUUUUGGUACAAGUGCUAUUUCAACUUAACUAAGACAUUUCAGUGUAUCAUAUUUGUGUUCAGCUCAAGUGGUCAGUAAGAAAUGGUGCCUGAAAUCCAAAUAUCAGUAAACUCGACAGUACUGCUCGAAUGUCUUUCUUUUUUAUUUGGUGAAUGGAAAUUUGUGCACUUGUUUACCAGUUGUGAAAAACUGCAGUGAUAUUGUCAUAGUGAAAAUAUAUUUUCCCUUAUA